AUGUUGGGAGAUCCAGCACGGCGCAAUCAGAAGCUCAGAUGCACCUAUCACCAAGACAGGGGGCAUAUGACUCAGAAUUGCAGAGCACUAAAGCAACACCUGGAAGACUUAGUAGCAGCGGGACACCUCCGAGACUACAUCAAUCAGGAUAAAGCAGUGGCCGAACUGGGGAACCCACCACCGGAAACGAACAACAAGCACCCAGCUCGACUGAUAAUAAAUGUGAUCCAUGGAACAGCGGCCCAAGAGCCUGAAGAGGCACUGAAAGAAGAGAUUACCAAGGCUGUGCAAAUUCAGCAGGUCAUGUCAGUAGAGCCCGCAUUGAAAAAGGUACGCACGGUACCCAAAUCCCCCUUGUGCACUGUUUCAUUUAUUAGAAUGGAUUUAGAAGGUAUACAACACCCACAUACUGAUGCACUGAAUAUAAAUGUGGGAAUUGGGAAACGGUUUGACUUAAAACGAGUCCUGGUAGAUCAAGGCAGUACAACAAACAUAUUGUAUUAUGACUUGUUCAGAAAGUUCGGUCUCUCUGAGCAGCACCUCACCCCAGCGACAGCUCCAUUAGUCGGCUUCAAUUCACAGCCAGAAUGGCCACUUGGCAGAAUAGUGUUUUCAGUUGUGGCAGGAAUGAUGACUCUCCAGAUAGAGUUUGUAAUUAUUAAUACACUUUCUCCUUACAACGCCAUACUUGGUCGUUCAUGA